AUGGACGACAAUCACCAAUCGACUCCGGUUCCCGAUGCUCCGCCAGACUCCUCGCCCGGCACCUUCAUCCCUCCCAGCAUAGACAUACUCCCUCUGCUCGCCGGCGAGUCCUACGCCUACUACACGCCUUGCCCUUCGGCCAUCACCCCUCAAGACACGUCCGCCAGCCAGACAGAGAGCACUCCAUGUGUUCUAGGUGUCGACGAGGCCGGCCGUGGCCCAGUGUUAGGCCCAAUGGUCUACGGGGCCUUCUACCUGCCCCUCGAUCUGCACCGCUCGCUACUGGCUCGAGACUACGGCUUCGACGACAGUAAAGCGCUCACCCCGGCGGUACGCGCCAACCUGAUGCAGCUACUCAAUACCCCGGGCCAUCCACUGUUUGAGUCCUGCGGGUAUGCCAUCAAAUCCCUCUCUGCGCGCGACAUCUCCUCCGGCAUGAUGAGGCCAGGCGUUGCAGUUUACAACCUAAACGCGCAAGCCAUGGACGCGACAAUUGAGCUCAUCCGCGGAGUGGUCGAGGACCGCGCUGUGGACGUGCGGGAGGUCUACAUUGACACAAUUGGCAAUCCGGCCACAUACCAAGCAAAAUUGGAGCGUAUCUUCCCUUCCCUGAAGAUUACCGUAGCCAAGAAGGCGGACUCGCUAUAUCCGUGUGUCAGUGCUGCUAGUGUGGCAGCCAAGGUGACCCGGGAUGUAGCGCUUGAGGUCUUGUACGAGUCGAUACUAAAGGCACCAUCCCUCAAGGAAGCGCCGAACGCCACCCCGGACGGCUGGGGCAGUGGCUAUCCCUCAGAUUCCAAGUGUACUGGCUGGCUCCGACGAAAUCUGGACCCCGUCUUCGGAUGGGGUAGCGAGUGUCGAUUCAGCUGGGGCACAGCCAAGGAAAUGCUGGAGUUGAAGGGUGGUGCCCGAGUCGACUGGCCAGACGAGGAAGAAGAGGAGGGAAACACCCGGCUCAGUGAAUUCCUGCUGGCAUCGGGUCCGGGAAAGAGCGCUACUCGGGAUGGGCUGCGAGACUGGUACGGUCACCGACCGGCAGAGAUUCUUUGA